AGCAUCUGAAUUGUCCCAUUGACUUCACCUAAUCUCUGUUGUGGAGAGGGUUUAAAAAGUCUGUUUCUUUAGUCCUGGUGAGAGGGCCUAGUUUUGUGCUACAGAUAGAUUGAUGAAGACUAGGGGCCUAAAUAAAGAGGAGCCUAAAUUUAGACACCUAAAUCCAUAUUCAAGCAGUUGAAUAAGCUGCUUGUUAAUCAGAAACAGUGGACACUCAGAACUGAAUUCCAUUGUUGAAGGCGCAGUAAUUUGGAAACUCAAACCACGUAUUGAGAAAAAUGAGUAUGGAUUUGGGAUCUAACUUUUGUGUGUUGUUUAUGUAAUAUCUAGACUCAAGCAUUUGCCCAAAACAUCAGAGUCUAGAAUGUCUGUCAAUAGGGAAAGAGUCUGGGAGCAGUGGGGGUGUGGAAAGGAUUAAAGCCCUUCCUGAAAUGUCUCCAAUUGCCCUUCUCACCCUGACAGGCUGCAGAACACCCAUGUCUUUCUCCAGAUCAUCCCAUGCCCUCCAGAGACAAGGAAAGGAAAUGGCUGCAGUGGAGCUGGUGACCUUUGAGGAGGUGGCUGUGUAUUUCUCUGAGGAGGAAUGGGCUCUGCUCGACCCGGGUCAGAGAGCCCUCUACAGGGAUGUGAUGCAGGAGAAUUAUGAGACCGUGAUCUCUCUGGCAGGAUUUCCAAUUUCCAAACCUAAUAUGAUCUCCUGGAUGGAGCGAGGGGAGGAGCUGCGUGUCCCGGAUCUCCAGGGCUCUGAGGAAGGGGAGAGCAUCAGCGACACCCACACAGCGGAGAGGACAGUGAGUGAGACCAAUGAGGAGAGUCUUCAGCAGGAAGGUCCUGAGCAAGUGGCACCAUGUGGGAUGUUAUGGGGAAGAUCUGAAGGGCAUGUUUCCCAGAGUCCUGAGCAGGGAGAAACCUGUAAGAGGCAGCACAAGACAGAAAGGCAGCAGGGAAACCAUCCAGGGGAGGGACGGGGUAAAUCCUCUCACAGAAGCAGAGGGGUGAAAAGAAACAAAGAAACCGAUCAACAGAAAAUCCCCCAUCAAGAGGGACUCUACACUUGCAGUGACUGUGGGAAAAGCUUCUGUCAGCACUCAAGUCUUAUUGAACAUCAGAGAACCCACACAGGAGAGAAGCCCUUCAACUGCUCUGACUGUGGGAAAAGCUUCAGUCGGAGCUCAUACCUUAUUAAACAUCAGAGACGACAUACAAGAGAGACACCCUAUAACUGUCCUGACUGCGGGAAAUGCUUCAGUCAGAGCUCAGACCUUGUUAGACAUAGGAGAAUCCACACAGGAGAAAAACCCUAUAACUGCCCUGACUGUGGGAAAAGCUUCAGUCAGAUCUCAGACCUUGUUAGACAUAGGAGAAUCCACACAGGUGAGAACCCUUUCAACUGCUCUGACUGUGGGAAAAGCUUCAGUCGGCGCUCAAAUCUUAACAGUCAUCGUAUGAUCCACACUGGAAAGAAACCGUAUAACUGCUCUGACUGCAGGAAAAGGUUCAGUCGGCGCUCAUACCUUAUUAAACAUCAGAUAAUACAUAAAAGAGAGACACCCUAUAACUGCUCUGACUGCGGGAAAAGGUUCAGUCGAAACUCAUACCUUAUUAAACAUCAGAUACUACAUACAAGAGAGAAACCCUAUAACUGUUCUGACUGUGGGAAAAGCUUCAGUGAAAACUCACACCUUAUUGCACAUCAGAAAAUUCACACAAGACAGAAACCCUAUAACCUAAGUUCCAUCUAAGCUUCAGGGCUUCGCAGCAGGCUAUCAAGGGCUGCCCAGGUUGGAAGAGGCCCCUCAUCCCUGGCCCCACACCAGAGCCUGCACCCCCAGCCAGAGCCCUCACCCCCCCAUACCCCAACUCUCUGCCCUAGCCCUGAGCCCCCCCCCCCCCCACACUCUCUGAACCACUCGGACCCCACCCCCGUCACACAUCACCUCCAUAUUGGUGCACAUAACAAAAUUCAUUCCCCACAUGGAUGUAAAAUAUUAGAAUGAACAUUGCCAAUAGCUGCUCUGAUUGCAGAACAAAGUUCAAUCAGAGUUGAUACUUUAUUGAACAUCAGAGAACGCACACAGGCGAGAAGUCCUUUAACUGCCUUGACUGUGGGAAAAGGUUCAGUCGGCGCUCAAAUCUUAACAGAUAUCGUAUAAUCCAACCAGGAGAAAAACCCUUCAACUGCUCUGGCUGCGAGAGAAGCUUCAGUGUAUGUUCACACCUCAAUUCACAACAGAGAAUUCACAUAGGACAGAAACCCUAUAACUGCUCUGACUGCAGGAAAAGGUUCAGUUGGAGUUCAUACCUUUAUAAAACAUCAGAUACUACAUACACGAACGAGAUCCUAUAACUGCCCUGAUUGCAGGAAAAGCUUCAGUCAGAGCUCAGACCUUGUUAGACAUAGGAGAAUCCACACAAGAGAGAAACACUUCUACUGCUCUGACUGUUGGAAAAGCUUCACUAAGCUCAAGCCUUAUUGAACAUCAUAGAACCCACACGAGAGAAACCUUACAGAUGCAAAUAGAAAAAAGCUUCAGUCAGUGCUCACACAUUCUAUCACAUCAGAGAACCCAAAGGUGAGAAAGACCCUAUGAAUUUUCAAGUGCAGGAAAAGCCUCAGUUGGACGUCAAUCCUUGUUGCCCACCAGAGAAUCCACACAGGGAAGAACCCUUUAAAUGCCCUGAAUUUAGGAAAUGUUCAGUGAGAGCUCAGCCCUUAAUAAACCUCAGAGAACCUACAGGGAAGAGUGCUCUGAGUGUGAGAGAGCCUUCUAGCACAACUCAUCCCUCACGAGAUGUCUGAGAAGCCACCCAGGACACACAUCAUAAAAGUGUGCUGGCUAGGGAUGAGCAAAGUGAAUAACAUUUUUGCUUAUUCCUAUAAAUCUCAGAAGGUCUGUCAUGGCUGCAGUAGCCAUGUAGUGAGGACAUGCAACAUUAUUAAAGCAGAGAAUGAAAUGUCCUUCCUAGAACAGAGCCAUGCAGAGCUAGAGGCUGAAAUGAGAUUCCCACAUUAUGAUAGAACUUGAUUAUGACUUGCUGGGAAAUCUGAAUGUUUUGUGUUCAGCCUCUUCAUUUCAGUUUGAUGUUAUACACCUAAACCCAUCUUUUCUUGUCUGCUGUGACUUAAAGAAGUAUGGGCUGGAUGAAUGGACGGUAAGGUGGAUAGAAAACUGGCUAGAUGGUCGGGCUCAACGGGUAGUGAUCAAUGGUUCCAUGUCUAGUUGGCAGCCGGUAU